AUGAAGCUCGCCGCCUGUCUUGUUGCGCUCGCGACCGCCGUCGCGGCCGACGAGAGCCCGUCGUGGGUCGGUGGUCUCGGCACGAUCCACACGAUCGCCGACAACUGCAUUGAAAACAACGUGCACGUGUGCGCGUACCACGCCCUGAACCGGCAGCUCGGUGCCAGUGCGGCCGCAUCGAUCGCUGUCUCGUCCAACUCGAUCCCGCACCUGUCGACGCUCAACGUGACCUUUUACGUCGAGUCGCCGACGCCCAACGACCGCAUCACGGCCUACUGCGCGUCCAGCGUCAACAGCACCGUCGACAGCGACUACAUGGACUUUCAGCCGACCAAGGGCGCCGCCAGCGCCACGCUCACCUUUGGACCGCUCGUCAACAUGCGCUGCGACUACCAGUUUCGGUACCAGAAGGAGACGAGCCCCAAGACGUUUGUGACGGUCGCGACAAGCCCUGUCGUGACCAUGACGGCCGGCGUCACCGAGCCGCUCCAAGUGCACAUUGCACUCACCGGCAAGACCGACGAGAUGCGCGUCAUGUGGACGUCGGGAGCCGUCACCGGGCCGCGCGUGCGCUAUAGCAUUGUCCGCGACAACUGCGGCGAUGGCGACCUCGACAAGACGGUGACGGCCACGAGCAGCUCGUAUGCGGCCUCCGACAUGUGCGGUGCGCCAGCGUCGACGAUUUCAGCCCAGCGCUUCAUUCCUGUCGGCACGCUCUACGACGCCGUUCUCACCGGCCUCCCGCCCAACGCCAAGGUGGCGUACCAAGUGGGCAGCGACGUCGGUGGGUGGAGCGACGUCUUUACGUUCACAAUGCCGGAUAUUACGUCGCCCAAGCCAUCGAGCUUCUUUGUAUUUGGCGACAUGGGCACUUGGACCACUGCGACGGGUGGCCUCGGCCUCGAUGGGCGGUCGCUCUCGACGGCCAAGCGGGUUGCCGACGACAUGGCCACGGGACAGUACGUCGCUGCCUUGCACGUCGGCGACCUCUCGUACGCCGACAGCGUCGGGUACAUCUGGGAGCAGUUCAUGGCGCUCGUGCAGCCGAUUGCAGCCACGUUGCCGUACAUGGUGAGCGUGGGCAACCAUGAGUACGCGUACACGUCGUCGGUGCAGGCGGUCGAUGUUUCCGGCGAGACCAAGUGCUUCUUCGCGUCGCCCGAGAUGGCGAAAGCGAGCUCCGGCGGCGAGUGCGGCGUGCCAACCGCGCGCCGGUACCAACAUGCCACGCAACGGCAACG